UGUCAGCGUCGGCGUCGCGGUAUGAUCGAAAGAGUGCGUUGGCACGCGUUCACAAAAGUAGUGUGACUUGUGCACAACAAACAAACAAACACUGCGAGUAUCUAUACAAUAAAAAAAUACAUAUUAAGAAUAACAGGCACACAGAUAUACAUAUAAAUAUAUAUAUUUACUCGUACCAGCAGCUGCAGUGUGUGUGUUUGUGUGUGCUAUUUUCGUUUUCGGAAUUCUUGUAAAGUGAAAACGCUGCUUCAUUUAUAACGGACAGGCAGACUAGUUAAAAUGUGAGGGACGCUGCUGCCGUUUUUUUUUUUUUGGUUCUGUAUAUGACGAAAGCUAAGCAAUAAUUGACAACAGCCAAAAUAAUGAAAUACGCUAAUUUAAUAUAGAAUGCUACCCAGCUUGGACACCUUAAUGCGUUGCUCGAAGCGUGUGCUGCAAUCGCCGCUGGAGUCGGUCAAGAUGCGCAGCUCCACCACUGGCCACAGUAAGGCGCCAGCCGUCGGCCAAUACGGCCCCUUCACACCCGCCAACGAUCUGAGCUGCUCCGGCCGUGGCGAUUGUGUCAAUAACACUUGCGUCUGCGACAUCCGAUAUGCGGGCGAUGAGUGCGACUUCAUUAAUUUUCCCUACUACACGGGCAUAUCCACUGUCUUCUAUCUUGUGGCCCUCGUCUCGGUCAUUCAGCUGCUCAUUUGCAUUGUGGCCGAGUAUCAGCGGCUCAAGCAGCCAUCGAUUUUGCGCGCCUGUCGCCUCACCACACAGAAAUUGCUCUAUUUUAUGGUAUUUGUGGCAUCGUCGCUUCGCGGCGCCUACUUCACAACACCACUGCAGCCUCAAUGGGCAGUCACACUGAUGUCCGCCUACUAUCCACUCCUUAUGACCUGCGCCUCCCUCAUUGUCUGCAUGUGGGCCGAGAUUUUUCACUUGCGCGACAUUCGCUGGGAGAAGUCGCAGUUCCUGUCGAAGAGCUUUCUGGGCUUUGUGGCGUUCAACUUCUUCCUGUACAGCCUGUUUGGCAUCGAGGUCUUCAGCUCACUGAUCAACUCCGAGCGUCGCGAUUACGCUCACAUCUUUAACGGCUGCUACGCUGUGCUCCUACUGAUCGUCGUCAUCUUCUUUCUCAUUUAUGGCGUCGAGGUGUUCUUCAAGCUACGCGGCGGCUUUGUCUAUGAUCAGACGGGCAAAAUUCUAGGACCCAGCGAGGCAAUUGUAAAUGCCUCGCAGCUGCAUCAGUCGCGCCUUGGCCUGCUCAGCCAGGCCAUAAUGCUGAUUGUGAUUGUCGGUUUCCUCACCUCCGAAACGCUCGGUGAUUUCUGGAAGACCAAAGUGCCCGUCAAUUCGCGCAACUGGCACGAUAUCAUCUUUCGCAUCGCCGAAAUUGGUGUAGCCUUGUGGUUUCCCUGCUGCCUGUGGAACUGUAUGGCACCCGAACAGCUGUGGAUAUUGAAUCCACGCAAGCUGCUGUCGCGUCAGAUCGAUCCAUCUAUACCCACACUCAAUGCGGACAGCAAUAAGCUCUCGCCCGAGGAGGGCCAAACUUUCCUGACCAAAAAGGAUUGCUGGAUAUGCUAUGACAGCGAUAAGCCAGAGCCACUCAUCCAACCCUGUCGAUGCACGGGCGACGUCAGUUCGGUGCAUCACGAGUGCCUCAAACGCUGGCUGGUCGAGAGCUGUGGCAGCAAUAACGAAGCCCAGCUGGCCUGCAAGGUCUGUUCACAUCCCUACGAAAUUGAGAAGUCAAAAAAACUCGAGUGGGACAAGGGCUUUACCAUUCAGCAUUGGAUGAAGACGGUAAUACUGAUCACGCUGAUGUGUGUCACUGGUGCCAUGACCUGGGCUAUUAUACAAAUGUAUGUGGAUCCGUUGGUGCGUGUCCUGACCGUUGGCGUUGCUGUACUCAUUGGCUAUGUGUGCGUCAAGUGUCUGGGCGAGAACACUGUGGUCGCCUAUCAGCGGGCCAAGGUUAGCUCCAUUAAUAUUGUGACCAGCUCGGAGAUGGAGAAACUGCACACCAUUUGCGAGGAUGUCAGUGCCAGCACCUCCGCAGCAGCGGCAGCGCGUUCCGCCUCCUAAACGUACGACAAGUCCACAAGCAAUAUUAAGUUGAUGCCAUAAGGAAACAUCACACAUACAAACAUACAUAUUAUGAGCAUAUACACAAACAGACGAUGUAGACGAUACGUACGAUUUAGUUUAGAGAGCGCGUUUUGCACACAAUUUUUGCUCAACCCUCCCAAUAUCUUCCCAGCAAACUGUGUACAUAGGUUUUAAGUCAUUUAGCAAGUAGGAAAACGAUUCGAAAAAUCAAAACGAGUCAAUUUUGUCUCUCAAAUUAGCACGCAUUAUUCCAAGCGCGAUGUGUAUUAAAACAAAAAGAAAGAAAGAAAAAAACCAAGAAGCCAAAUAUUAUAUAAUCUAUAUUUUACAACCUACAUGCAUAAGCCAGUAUCAAUUAUAUUACACAGUAUACAGUAUAGUACACAAUACAACACAAUUAACGAGAAACGUAUUGAGAUUAUGAUGAUGAUGAUAAUGAUGAGAACACGUUGCCAAGUAGCUGGAGAAGUUUUUAACAAAUGAAAUACGAAAGUAGUUAACAAUGGCACCAGUCAAUGUCAGUCUAGCUGGGCAUGUUUGUAGUUUGUAGUUUGAAUACACGAUAAGUUCUUAAAUUGAAAAACGUACGCAAUUCGUACGUUUGUAUUGAGCACAGCUAUGUUUAUUUUGGCGAAUAUAAUUUUAGGCACACACAAAUAUCACACACUUGCAUACAUACAUACAUACAAAUAUUUGUAUUUUUUAAUUUGUAUUCAAAGCGAAAACAGUUCGCAGUAUACCUUAAGCCUAUACUUAACAAAACCUAAUUUAUAAACGAUAUAUACAUUUAUUUAUAUAAACGCCGCGCCCACAUUUGAAUUGUGUUAUCUAAAGCGAUUUUGCUAUGCAUAAUUUCAACAUAUUAUCAACAACAAAUCCCGAACACACAACAUAUUUACACUUUAAGCUAAUAUACAUUUUUGUGAUAAACCAGUUAAAUAUAAUUAUAACAAUUAUGAUAUCAAA